AUGGUCUUCAUGGCGGGGUAUAAUGUGCCCGGCAAAUCGUGGUAUACCGGUAUGACAAUUGCUAUCGUUCCUUUACUUGGUGUUGUCCUUUACCAAGCGGUCUAUUCAACCUGGUAUUCUUCUGGAAGAGAGCUGAUUAACUUUUGGAACCCCAACUCCUUCAAAAUGCCAAGUCAAACGAAGAAAACUCAUUUCCGUACGGUGCAAAAUUUCAAAACUGAUUAUGCCCCUACCAAGAUCACCCAAUAUGUCUCUGAACGUACUGGUAUGAAUGUUGUCGUGGUUGAUCAGAAGGGACCUCAAGUCAAUGGAUAUUUUGCCUUGGCCACGGAGAUUUUCGACGAUUCUGGAUCUCCACAUACCUUGGAGCAUCUCUGCUUCAUGGGAUCAAAAAGUUACCAGUAUAAAGGCUUACUCGAUAAACUUGCCACUAGAGCUUACUCUAAUACUAACGCAUGGACCGCUACGGAUCAUACUGCCUAUACGUUAGAAACAGCAGGAUGGGAAGGAUUUGCUCAGAUUCUCCCUGUUUACCUUGAGCACUUGAUCUUGCCAACACUUACCGAGGAGGGGUGCUACACCGAAGUACAUCAUAUUGAUGGUGAAGGUAACGAUGCAGGUGUGGUGUAUUCCGAAAUGCAAGGGAUACAGAACACAGGUUCUGAUAUUAUGGACCUACGUGCGAGACAGCUUCUCUAUCCCGAAAAUAUUGGUUUCCGUUAUGAAACUGGUGGCUUGAUGGAAAAUCUACGUAUCUUAACCCCAGAGCGAAUUCGUGCAUUUCACAAGGAGAUGUACCAGCCUAAAAAUCUUUGCCUUAUUUUGAUUGGUGAAGUUGAUCAGAAGGAAUUGCUCGAGAUACUAGACAACUUUGAAGAGGGUAUUCUGGAUGAUAUUCCAACUCCAACUGCUCCAUUCAAGAGACCAUGGGUGGAUUCAGCUCAACCGCCAGCACUUACCAAAACCAUAGUAGAGACUGUAAACUUCCCCGAGGAAGACGAGUCAAUGGGAGAGAUUUGGGUUGGUAUGUUUGGUCCUGAUUGUAAGGAUUCUGUAGAGACAUCUGCUCUUAACGUUCUGCUUGCGUAUCUCGCUGGAUCUUCCGUUUCGGUUCUUGAGAAUGUUAUGGUCGAGAAAGAAGAGCUUGCGAGUUCGAUAUCAUACUGGUGGGACGCUAGACCAAAUUCCGUGAUUUGGUUUCAACCAACUGGAGUACAGACUGAAAAACUUGCAUUCGUAGAGAAACGUUUAUUUGAACUUCUCAGAGAGACUGCGGAAAAUCCUCUGGAUAUGGCAUACAUGAAGAAUUGUUUAGAAAGAGAACGCAGGCAAUGCAACUUCGAGGCCGAGAGCUCGCAGCGUUUCUAUGCUGAAGCCAUUAUUAACGACUUCCUUUUUGGUAAGAGGGAUGGAUCUACGUUGAAGGAGUUAGGUACACACGCGGAGUUUGAUACUAUUGGUAAAUGGAGUGAGCAACAAUGGAAGGACAUCUUGAGAAAAUGGAUUGUCGAUGCACCCCAUGUGUCUUUACUGGGAACUCCCUCUGAAGAGAUGUCGAAGAAAAUAAAGAAAGACGAAGAAAUUCGAGUUGCAGAGCGAAAGGGAAAAUUGGGACCAGAAGGACUCGAAAAGCUGACAGCGAAACUCAAGGCAGCAAUUGCUAAGAAUGAUGCCGAGAUACCAGCUUCACUUCUACAGAAGUUUUCCGUCCCUGGAACCGAUUCAAUUCAUUUUCACAAAUCGACUACCGCAAGGUCUGGCUUAGCUAAGAAACUGGGUGCACCUAAAAAUGACAUUCAGAAGGUCAUUGAUUCGCAAGCUUCUGAAACUCCGUUGUUCUUGCAAUUUGAGCAUGUUCCAACAAAUUUCGUUCACAUAUCAUUGCAUUUUGGUACUGCAGAGAUUCCUCUGGAGCAUAAACCCCUCCUUAGUCUAUUCAUAGACAAUUUCUUCGAUACACCCAUUCUUCGCGAAGGGAAACGGGUAGAAUUUGAGCAAGUCGUUACAGAACUUGAACAUGACACUAUCAAUUACGAGAUGAGAGGAGGUUCUAGUCUAGGCGAUGCAGAAGGACUCAUGAUUCAAUUCCGAGUCGAGCGAGAGAAGUACGAAACCGCCAUCCAGUGGAUUCGCAGCAUGAUGUUUGAUAGCAUAUUCGAUGCCACCCGUCUGAACGCUGCCAUUACCAAAAUUCUCGCUGAUAUUCCCGACAAUAAACGUGAUGGUAAUAACAUGCUUUACACCGCCGAAGGUAUGCUCCACAUGUCCAACGAAUCGAGCAUGAAAGCAAGAACUACUCUUGUAAAAUCGGUUUACAUGAAGCGUCUCAAGAAACUUCUCAAGAAAGAACCCGAAACCGUCAUAGGCUGGCUCGAAUCCCUCCGUAAAUCCAUCUUUAAAUUCAACAACAUCCGAGCCCUCGUCGUUGCAGAUAUCAAUAAACUCUCAUCUCCAGUCCAAGCUUGGGAUCCCCUCAUCUAUUCUCUCGACAGACCUACACCUGAAACAAAUCUCCUCCCCAUUCGGAAACAACACACACUCCUCUCCCACGAUGGACAGAAUCCCGGUCAAGCAGGCGCCAUCAUCAUCCCAAUGCCUACUUGUGACUCCUCAUUCCUCCUAACUAAUUCUCGCGGUCCAAAAUCCUACACAGAUCCUCAACUCCCAGCACUCCGCGUAGCUCUGUCUUUCCUUCGUGCCGUGGAAGGUCCACUGUGGACCGCUAUUCGUGGAACAGGUCUGGGGUAUGGAGCCUCAUUCCACAACGAUCUAGAUACUGGCUUUGUUCAAUUCAGUAUCUAUCGCUCUCCCGAUGUAUUCCGUGCCUUUGCUGCCGGCAAGAAAAUCCUCGAGGAAUAUAUUUCGGGUGAAAAGAAAUUGGAAGAUGCAGCGCUCGAAGCGGCUAUUAGUGAUAUAGUGGUUGAAGUUGUCAAUACCCAAAUUACAAUGGAUCAAGCUGGACAAGAUAAAUUUGUCAAGGGAGCUAUGAAGGGGUUGCCCGAAAAUCACAAUGAAGAGAUGUUGAGAAAAGUUAGGGAUGUAGGGAGGGAGGAAAUUAGAGGGGUUAUGAAAGAUGUUUUGUUGAAAACGUUUGAGCCGGGGAUGAGCAAUGUUUUUGUUACUUGUGCGCCAAGUAUGGAAGAGGCCAUAGUAAAAAACUUCCAAUCCCUCAACUUCCAAACACAAGUACGCACUCUCUCAAGCUUUGAAGAUGAUUACGGGCUAGCUGCACCGGAAGAUGAUGAUGAGGAUGAGGAUGAGGAUGACGAAGAUGAGGACGAAGAAAUGGAUGAUGAGGAUGGUAGUGAAGAGGAAAGUGAUGUGGAGAUGAAAAAUUAA